GCCUGCUCUGAGCCUCCCCUUCUGCUCUUGUUCACCUGGACAAAUAAGGAGGCGGAAGAUCCAGGGGGUCCGGGCCGCUGAGCCCCGAGAUGGAGAGCCGGGCCGGGGAGUCCCAGCCAGAGACCGGCGCCCAGGCAGAAGGCUUCCUCCAGAGCCAGGCGGGGGUCGUGAAGCGGGAAGAGCAGGACCCUUUGGAAGAAGAAAAAGACACUCCAGCAGUGCCGUGGCAGAGGUUACUCCAUGGGGAGGUCAAGCAGGAGGGCGAUGGAGGUGCCCCUUCUCUGGGCCCUGGGAGGAUGCUGGGUGGAUAUUCUGGGCCUUCCCUUCAGUGUGAUGGAGCAGACACAAUAUCUGUGCAGCCAGAUCAGGUUCUGGUGACCUUUGAGGACGUGUCUGUGGAUUUCUCAGAGGAGGAGUGGGCGCUGCUGGAUCCGGGCCAAAGGGCUCUGCACAGGGAAGUCAUGGAGGAGAAUUACGGGAACCUGGCCUCUCUCGCAGGACUUGUGGUUGCCCCCGCUGACCUCCCCUCUUGCCUUGAAGAAAGGAAAGCCCUAUUUGUGCAGGUCUCUCAGCAAGAAGUGAGAGCAGCAGAUGAUGGUGAAGGGAAGGAGCACAAGAAAGAACAACCGCACAGAAGGAAAAUCAAAGUACAGCAGAAGCAGCAGAAGAAAUCUGUUUCGUUGGACAGAGCAGAUGUCAGUGAAAUUGAACAUUCUGGCCGUGACGAAAUCCACACAGCGGAGAAACGGUAUAAAUGUUCAGAAUGUGGAAAGAGCCUCACAGCCAAGCAAUCACUAGUUUCCCAUCAAAGAAUCCAUACUGGAGAGAAACCAUAUAAAUGCUCAGAAUGUGGGAAGGCUUUCAGAAAAAGCUCACACCUUGUUUCCCAUCAAGGAACUCACACAGGAGAGAAACCACAUAAAUGCUCAGAAUGUGGGAAGUGUUUCAGGCAGAGGUCAGCCCUUUCUAGCCAUCAAAGUAUCCAUUCCGGAGAGAAACCAUAUAACUGCUUAGAGUGUGGAAAGAGCUUCAGACACAGUGGAAAACUUACUUCCCAUCAAAGAAUCCAUACAGGUGACAGUCCAUACACAUGCUCAGAAUGCGGAAAGGCUUUCACACAGAGUUCAAGCCUUGUUACCCAUCUAAGAAUUCAUACUGGAGAGAGACCAUAUAAAUGCUCCAAAUGUGGAAAGAGUUUCACAGUCAGCUCAUCAUUAGUUUCCCAUCAAAGCAUCCACACAGGGGAGAAACCAUAUAGCUGUUUUGAGUGUGGAAAGAGCUUCAGAGUCAGCAAAUCUCUAGUCUUACAUAAAAGAAUCCACACUGGGGAGAAACCAUAUAAAUGUUCAGAAUGUGGAAAGUAUUUUACGCGGAGUUCAUCUCUUGCUACCCAUCGAAGAAUCCAUAUGAGAGAGAAACCAUAUAAAUGCCCAGAAUGUGAAAAUAACUUUAGGACGAGUAAAGAACUUAAGUCCCAUCAAAGCAUCCACACAGGGGAGAAACCAUAUAGCUGUUUCGAGUGUGGAAAGAGCUUCAGAGUCACCAAAUCUCUAGUUUUACAUAAAAGAAUCCACAUGGUGAAGAAACUAUAUAAAUGUUCAGAAUGUGGAAUGUGUUUAACACAGAGCUCAUCUCUUGCUAUCCAUCAAAGAAUCCAUACCGGAGAGAAACCGUAUGAAUGCCCAGAAUGUGGAAAGAACUUUAGGAUGAGUAAAGAACUUAAGUCCCAUCAAAGCAUCCACACAGGAGAGAAACCAUAUAGCUGUUUUGAGUGUGGAAAGAGCUUCAGAGUCAGCAAAUCUCUAAUUUUACAUAAAAGAAUCCACACUGGGGAGAAACCAUAUAAAUGUUCAGAAUGUGGAAUGUGUUUAACGCAGAGCUCAUCUCUUGCUAUCCAUCGAAGAAUUCAUACUGGAGAGAAACCAUAUAAAUGCCCAGAAUGUGGAAAGAACUUUAGGACGAGUAAAGAACUUAAGUCCCAUCAAAGAAUCCACACAGGAGAGAAACCAUAUAAAUGCUCAAAAUGUGGAAAGAACUUCACAUUCAGCUCGUCACUAGCUUCCCAUCAAAGAAUUCACACAGGGGAGAAACCCUAUAAAUGUUCUGUAUGUGGAAAGAGCUUCAGACAGAGCUCCAGCCUGGCUUCCCAUCAAAGAAUCCACACAGGGGAGCGCCCAUUUAAAUGCUCUGAAUGUGGAAAGGGCUUCAGAUUGAGCACACGCCUUAUUUACCAUCAAAGAAUCCACACAGAGGAGAAAACUACUUAAAUGCUCGGAAUGUGGAAAAGCUUUCAUGUGCAACUCAGACCUUGCUCAUCAUCAAAGAAUACAAACAGGAGAGAAACCAUAAAAAUGCUCAGAAUGUGGAAAGAGCUUCAAAGCCAGCUCUUCCCUAGUUUUCCAUUAAAAAAUCCACACUUGGAAGAAUGGAAAGAGCUUCAUUUAUGGGUUAAGCCUUACUUUCCAUCAAAGAAUCCACUCAGGAGAGAAGGCAUAUAAAUCUACAGAAUAUGGAAAGAUCUUUGCAGUCAGCUCAUAACUUGCUUCCCAUCUAAGAAUCCAUGCAGGGGACAAACGUUCCUCACCUUUGACUGGCUGAAAGCUUGGAAGCCUCAGCAAGAAUGUCAUGGUUGUCUAGCAACCAUCAAAAUGGCCACUGAGAACUUAGUCUUAUGAGACCUCAGUGGGCAUUAAUCUCUUAAAGUAAGAGACAUCACUUUUAUUAUUUGGGUUGUUCAUAAUGUCUCUGUUGUUUUUUUUGUUUAAAAAAUUCAGAUUUGACAGCAAACCUCAGGCUUCUCACAAGUCUAUGGAAAAGUCCCCCUUCUGUCUACAGACCCAUUAUGUUGCUUUUCUGAUUUGCACUCUAGGGCUCUGGUUGAGAAUUAGAUAUCGUGAUAGAACGAAUGGGUAAGAACAGUUUCAUGAAGGGAAUCCUUUCAUGUGUGAAAGGAUAAGACACUGGGAUUAUAAGGUAAAAAUUUAACUGUGAAGAAUCUCUGUUUAUAUACGGUAUACAUGAAACGAUCCUAUUAUCCCCUUGUUAGACUUGGUUCUAAUGUAUGGGCCAACAUAUACAUGAACCAUGGUUGUUGUGGGUUUUCCGGGCUGUAUUGCCGUGGUCUUGGCAUUGUAGUUCCUGAUGUUUCGCCAGCAGCUGUGGCUGGCAUCUUCAGAGGUGUAGCACCAAAAGACAGAGAUCUCUCAGUGUCACAGUCACUGUGACACUGUGAGAUCUCUGCUCUUUUCUAUUGCUACAGAUAGCCUAUGCUCUUGAGCCAUAUCAAUUUAGGCUGUCACUGACUUGACGUCACUGUGGCCUGGACUGAGGGAGUGGAGAAAGACAAUGCCCACUUCUGCGACUGGAACACUCAACGGCGAGCCCUCAACUCCGAGCUGCGGUUCAGGGAGAGAUUUGACCACCCUGAAGAAGCAUUAGAGCCAGAGAGGGGGUGAGAAGGGGGGAAUCCAUUCCUCCUUUCCAGGUAGGAGAUGGGGAUGAGUGCAAAAAGGGGAAAGGGUGACGCUUAUCACUCCUCAUCCCUUCCUGUAUUGUGGUUGUAAUAACACAAAGGCCUCGUUCCGUACAGUCAGUUUGCACUCUGAGACAAAUGAAGGCUACGUAUGUUUCCUUACGGCCCUGUUCUCAGUCUUGGGAAUGCUCUUCAUUACGCAAUGUAGAGAUAACCAUGGCGUUUUUCUGACAGUUUUAUGUUACAUAACCUGAAAGAAGACAUAAUCUCAACCUGUCAAUCUAUCAUGUCCCAAAUAUCAUGAGACAUUUACUUGAUUGUGUAUUCUUUUAAUAAUUCUCCGCAGUGGUCAUUUCGUAGAAAAAGAGCUGGAGGGACUCAUUAGGUGUGGCAUUAGUAUAUGCCACGCCUCUUGCCAUCACCCAGUGUGUCAUUAGUAUAACCAAUUUGCAUAUGCCACACCCCUUGACAUUACCUAUUCUGGCUGUUUUGGACCCAAUCCUGGUCAUUCAGGGCUGAAAUUGGGCCCAAAAUGGCAAAAAGGGGCCCCAAAUGGUCAGGAUUGGGCUGCUAAUGAGCAGGAGAGUGAUCCAUCGCCCCUCAGAGGCCCAAUCCAGGCCAUUUUAGCCCCAAUCCAGGCCAAAACUGGCCCCAAAUGGCUGAGAGUCAGGUGGGUCACCUUACAUGUGACCUCUUUGGGGAACUGCCAGAACUGCGUUCCUGUGCGUUCCCCCUCGAAAUGAGCCCUGCACCAGGCUUACCUGAGAACAACUCAUAAUAAACCUUUUCUGUUUCAAAGAUCACCAAGUUUGAAGCCUUGA